UUCUCACCAUCACUGUGUGGUCGCUAAAGCUAAACUAACGAAGAAUCUGAACGGACACAUUCGCAUGCAACAGCCAAGAGGCGGGGUUGAUUGUAAAAACUCACUGCGGGGCCAGCGAUCAAGGUGCGUCCAGACAUUCAUUGGUGGAGCAAUAAAUUUGUGUUUGUUCGGAUAAUUGGAUUUAAGAUUUCCCAAAGGCAAAAAGAGAAGCAACCCAAUGCUAGCAUCAAUCGCAAGCUCUCACCAUGGAAAAUCACUUUUCAAGCUUCAAUCAGACCCCAAUCUGGUGGUUUCACUACGUUCUUCAAGAACUUGCUCACAUCUCGCUUCGAUUCCUCCCAACAAUUGCUCCUUUAAAUUCACACUUCAACGCAAAUUUCACCCACAAUUAGUGUUAAACCAAUCUAUUCGUGUUCCGCGCACCAGUCUAGCUCCAUUAUCGACAAUCCGCAAAACUUAUAGGUUAAGCUAUGCUCCUCCUCUUCGUUGCGGCAUUUCACCGAAUCAGUAUAGUUCAAAUGGUGGCCGGAGUUUUCGGGAUUGGGUGGAGCUUGUUGGAGAGGUACUGUCCACGGCAUUUCCCUUGUGGGUUACUAUUGGGUGCGUGUUGGGGUUGGUCAAACCUAGUUCCUUCGACUGGGUGACGCCCAAAUUGAGCAUUCUUGGUCUAACCACGAUCAUGCUUGGCAUGGGUAUGACGCUUACUUUUGAUGAUCUUCGUGGAGCUCUUGCUAUGCCUAAGGAAGUACUCUCAGGUUUCGUGCUUCAGUAUUCGGUUAUGCCAAUAUCUGGAUUUCUUGUAAGCAAACUCUUAAAUCUGCCAUCACCUUAUGCAGCUGGUUUAAUAUUGGUUGGGUGCUGCCCUGGUGGUACGGCUAGUAACAUUGUUACUUAUCUUGCACGAGGCAAUGUGGCGCUUUCUGUGUUAAUGACAGCUGCAAGCACUUUUGCCUCUGUGGUCAUGACUCCUUUUCUGACAGCAAAACUAGCUGGUAAAUAUGUAGCUGUGAAUGCAGCUGACUUGCUGGUGUCAACUUUGCAGGUUGUGCUCCUACCUGUUCUGGCUGGUGCUUUCUUGAAUCAGUUUUUCCAGCCUUUUGUUAAAUUCUUCAACCCAUUGAUGCCACCUGUUGCUGUAGCAACCGUGGCAAUUUUAUGUGGAAAUGCCAUAGCCCAAAGUUCUUCAGCAAUCCUCAUGUCUGGAGGGCAAGUGAUUCUAGCUUCCUGUCUUCUUCAUGCUUCUGGGUUUUUCUUCGGUUACAUACUUGCAAGGAUGCUGGGGAUAGAUGUGUCCUCAUCUCGAACAAUUUCCAUUGAGGUUGGCAUGCAGAACUCGGUUCUUGGACUUGUGCUAGCUACAAAGCAUUUUGGGGAUCCUCUGACAACAGUACCAUGUGCAGUUUCCAGUGUGGCACAUUCAAUCUUCGGAAGCGCGUUGGCUGGAAUUUGGAGACGCUCUGCACCUUCUGAGUGAAGAAUUUGUAUGUAAUCAGUCGUUGAAUUCAUGCAUAAGCUUUGGAACUGUUUCAGCGAUGACUUGUUAUCCUUUCCAGUCAUUAAUUAAAAUUGCAUCUGGGUUGUUUUCACUACCCUUAGUUCAGAUUAAAUCAUGUCUUGCUUUUGAUGCUAUCAACAAUAUAUAGAGUAUGUUAAUAUAGGUGAUAAAUUUAAGCUUA